CUGGCUUAUUUUUCAGGCUAAUUUUCCAUUUCCCUCAUGAUGCUAUUAAGGCAUUUAAAGAUGAUAUUUCGUCCUUUUAUAAAAGCGAAUGCAAGAAAGCAUUUAUAAUUAGUAAUUAUGGGUCUAUAUUCUUUUUAAUUGAUUCAAGUCGUCUCUGGAAAAAUGAUGAAAUUUUAGUAAAAGAACAUGGUCUUGAGCCUUACAGCUCUACCAAUCGAACCACCCUUUUC